CGAUCGAUCUUCAAUACCGAACGAUCUUCGGUAAACUUUGCUCGGCCGAUAUAACAAAUAAUUUAUUUGCUUAAUAAAGAGUUAAUCUGAUUUUAUAAAAACGGAAGCUUUUCGAGUUUCGCCUUUAUCGUUCGUAUUUAGAGAUCGAAAAAUGUUGUUCAAAAAGAUAAAUCAGCGCAUUAUUAAGUCCGAGUAAGCAUUACUGAAUUUAUCGCUGCUUUUGACAUUGCUAGAAUCAAUAAGAGACUCUCGGAUUCUCAAGUGAACUCUGCUAGAUUUUUUCAACGACCGGAGUAUAAAUCGUCGAUGACGUCCCGAUCCGAUCGUCAGAGAGAGAGAGAGAGAGAGAGAACGAUAAUUUUUGCGCUCGAUAAAAGUCGCUGUUUUUGAGGAAAUUUAAUAGCCACCUCGCGCGAUCCUUACUACGCGGUUCCAAUUUAUUGGAUUGAAAAUAUCGGCAUAAAGCUGUUUAUUACGGAUUAUAGAUUAGAAAAUACUCCGAUUUCAAGAUAAGUGCGUGAAUACUAUUGCUGAGGUAUACUUCGUGCACGAUGGGCACCGAACGCGCUAACGAUUCCAAUUUGGAAAGCAGCGACAGCGACAAUGAGAUACACAGCCAACCAACGAAAAUCACCAACGCCCUGGUGUUUUACGUAAACGGCAAAGAGGUAGUGGAUACAAAUGUCGAUCCAGUAUGGACGCUGCUGUACUAUUUGCGAAAUAAACUGCGUAUGCCAGGGACGAAAUUAGGAUGCGCCGAAGGAGGGUGUGGUGCGUGCACCGUCAUGAUCUCCAGAUACGACAGAGAAGCUAAAAAAAUAGUUCAUGUAGCAGCUAAUGCGUGUCUCACGCCCGUCUGCGCGAUGCACGGCAUGUCCGUGACGACCGUCGAGGGCAUUGGCAAUACGAGGACGAAGCUGCACCCGGUACAGGAGCGCAUCGCCAAGGCUCACGGCUCCCAGUGCGGAUUCUGCACCCCCGGAAUCGUCAUGUCCAUGUACUCUCUGUUGAGAAGCAUACCCAAGCCGACGAUGCACGACAUGGAGGUGGCUUUCCAGGGCAACUUGUGCAGAUGUACCGGAUACAGACCGAUCAUAGAGGGUUUCAAGACUUUUACCGAAGAAUGGGAGCAAUCCCAAAGACUGUCUGCCGCAAAUGGCACAGAGAAAAGAGUUUGCGCCAUGGGGGAUGCUUGCUGCAAGAAAGUAUUCACGUCCGAACCGACUGAAGUAUUCGACUCAAAAGAGUUUACGCCUUACGAUCCUAGUCAAGAGCCGACUUUUCCACCAAAACUACAGCUGACGUCGCAAUAUGACGAAGAAUACUUAAUCAUCAAGGGAAAAGAAAUUUCGUGGUAUAGGCCGACGUGUUUGAAAGAAAUUUUGGUGCUGAAGCAACAGUAUCCAAAUGCAAAAAUUGUAGUGGGGAACACAGAAGUUGGUGUCGAAGUAAAGUUCAAACAUUUCAUUUAUCCCGUUCUGAUUCUACCAACUCGAAUCAAAGAGAUGCGCGAAAUAACGGAGCUCGAAGAUGGCAUGAAAAUUGGAGCAAGUGUAACUUUGGUGGAAAUGGAAGAGGCUUUCAGGCAUCAAAUGAAAACAAAGCCUGAGCACAAAACAAGAAUAUUCAAAGCAUCGGUAGAAAUUUUGCAUUGGUUUGCUGGUAAACAAAUCAGGAAUGUCGCUGCCAUAGGAGGAAAUAUUAUGACCGGCAGUCCCAUUUCUGAUAUGAAUCCCGUUUUAAUGGCAACCGGAAUAAAAUUAAAUCUCUGCAGUCUCGAAAGAGGAAACAGAACGGUAAAAAUGGACCACACGUUUUUUACUGGAUACAGAAGGAACAUCGUUGCAUCCGAUGAGAUUUUAGUAUCGAUAGAAGUCCCAUUCUCAGUACCGAACCAAUACUUCGUUGCUUAUAAACAAGCCAAGAGGCGAGACGACGAUAUUGCCAUCGUUAAUUUGGCUAUGAAUGUAUUCUUCGAGCCGGGUACUGCUAUCGUGCAGGAGGCUCACAUGGCAUUCGGUGGAAUGGCUCCAACAACAGUAUUAGCAAGAAAAACUUGCUCCGCUAUGAUUGGAAGAAAGUGGAACGAAGACCUGGCAGAGCUUGUGACAAACUCAUUGAUCGACGAGUUACCUUUAUCGGGAGAUGCACCAGGAGGAAUGAUUUUAUACAGGCGAUCGCUCACCGUGAGUUUAUUCUUCAAAGGAUUUGUGAGCAUAUCGAAACAGCUACAAGAACAUAUUUCUAAUUUUGAGCCUUUACCAAAAGAGCUGCUAUCGGCGGGUGAAGGCUUUCAAUAUAUACCACCAAAAAGCUCCCAAUACUAUCAAGUGAUUCCUCCAAACGUGAAUUCCAACGACCUGGUCGGCAAGCCAAUAAUCCACGCGAGCGCAAUGAAACAGGCAGCCGGAGAGGCCGUCUACCUCGACGAUAUCCCACGAAUGGAAGGAGAGCUUUACUUGGCCUUUGUACUUUCGACUCGAGCUCACGCAAAGAUCCUGAAAGUCGAUCCCUCGCAGGCACUCGCCAUGAAGGGCGUGGUUGCUUUUUACGACGCCAAUGACGUUCCCGAGCACAAUCGAGCGGUGGGACCGAUUUUCCACGACGAGGAAGUUUUCGUUUCAAAAGAGGUAAAAAGCCAAGGUCAGACGAUCGGAGUGGUCGUGGCGAACGAUCAGCUGACCGCCCAAAGAGCCGCGAGAGUCGUCAAAGUCGAGUACGAAGACAUCCAUCCGAUAAUCAUUUCGAUCGAGGACGCCAUCGAGCACAAUUCGUUUUACGACGGCAGCGGCAAGUGCAUCAGCCGAGGCGACGUCGACGGCGAGUUGGCCUCGUCCGACCACGUACUCGAGGGCGAGGUGCGCAUGGGUGGCCAGGAACACUUCUACCUGGAGACUCACUGCGCCUACGCGAUACCCCGCGAGGAGGACGAGAUCGAGAUGUUCUGCUCGACUCAGCACCCGAGCGAGAUUCAGAAACUCGUCGCUCACGUGCUCGGCGUCCAGAUCAACAGGAUCUGCGUCCGGGUGAAGCGCAUGGGUGGCGGUUUCGGUGGAAAAGAGUCCAGAGGACAGCUAGUGGCUCUACCGGUGGCUUUGGCGGCACACAAGCUGAGAAAACCGGUGAGAUGCAUGUUGGAUAGAGAUGAAGAUAUGAUGAUGACGGGUACCAGACACCCUUUCUACUUCAAGUACAAAGUUGGAUUCAAUAAUGAUGGAUUGAUCAAAGCAUGUGAGAUUCAUAUUUACAAUAAUGCAGGCUAUUCUUACGAUUUGUCCAUGUCUGUACUCGAGCGCGCCAUGUUCCACUUCGAAAACUCUUACAAAAUUCCAGCAUCCAGAGUUUUUGGCUAUGCUUGUAGAACAAAUUUACCCUCCAAUACGGCUUUCAGAGGUUUCGGUGGUCCACAAGGCAUGUUUGCGGCCGAGCACAUAGUUCGACAUAUCGCUGACUUUUUGGGUCGCGAUGUAGUCGAGAUUUCCGAAAUGAACCUUUACAAAGAAGGAGACUUGACUCAUUACAAUCAGGUUCUCGAAAAUUGCACCUUGCGUCGCUGUUGGGACGAGUGCCUCGCCUUAUCCAGUUUCAAAGAACGAAUGGAAAACAUAAAACGAUUCAACAAAGAACACAGAUACAGAAAACGCGGCUUCGCCAUCGUACCGACCAAAUUUGGCAUCGCUUUCACGGCGUUAUUCCUGAAUCAGGCCGGCGCGUUGGUUCACAUCUACACCGACGGCUCGGUGCUCAUGAGUCACAGCGGUACCGAGAUGGGCCAAGGAUUGCACACGAAAAUGAUUCAGGUGGCUAGCCGAGCGCUCAAGGUGUCGCCCCACAAAAUACACAUCGCCGAAACGGCAACGGACAAAGUGCCCAACACCUCGCCGACCGCAGCUAGCGCGGGAUCCGAUUUGAAUGGGAUGGCGGUUUUGAAUGCCUGCAAUGAAAUUAUGAACAGGAUGAAAUACAUAAUUGACGCGAAUCCCAACGGAACUUGGGAACAAUGGGUUUCAAAAGCGUACUUCGAUAGAGUUAGCUUAUCUGCGACAGGAUUUUACAAAACUCCUGGAAUAGGAUAUGAUUUCAAUACAAACUCUGGGAAACCUUUCAACUACUUCACAUACGGGGCAUCUUGCGCCGAAGUUGAAAUCGAUUGUUUAACGGGAGAUCAUCAAGUACUAAGAACUGACAUAGUAAUGGACCUUGGAGAAAGUUUGAAUCCUGCAAUAGAUAUUGGUCAAGUAGAGGGUGGUUUUGUCCAAGGCCAAGGUUUGUUCACAAUGGAGGAAAUGAUUUAUUCACCAACAGGAACUGUUUUUAGCAGAGGUCCAGGCGUAUAUAAAAUUCCAGGCUUUGCUGAUAUUCCUUCAGAGUUUAGUGUAUCUCUUUUGAAAGGUGCUACGAAUCCCAAAGCUGUUUAUUCAUCUAAGGCUGUAGGAGAACCACCUUUAUUCUUGGCUUGUUCUAUAUUCUUUGCCAUUAGAGAAGCAAUUAAAGCUGCUAGAGAAGAUAUGAAUAUUCAUGGUUACUUCAGAUUAGAUUCUCCAGCAACAUCCAAUCGCAUUCGCAUGGCGUGUGUUGAUAAUUUAACUAAAAAGAUCGGAGAUGGAGAUGGAAAGAAAGCUUGGAAUAAAGUUCCCUAAAAUAUUAUGAAAUUAUACUUGGAUAACCUUAUAAUAAGUUAAUAAAAAGUAU